CCGAUGCAUAUAUGUGCCUAGUCGUACGUUGUAGCUGACUGACUAAAGCCUGUCAAUCUACUCAACCCCUUUUUGUGUCGGUUUGCGCCCAACUUACUGACUACGUCGUGUAUGACUAGUGUUUUGAAGGCUGUAUUAGCCAAAACACUUCAUCUCCUACCUUCCCCUUAGUCAUGUAGUGAAGUACAUACCGACUCACUCGCAUUAAACUUGGUACAUAGUGGUGUUAUGAAUUCUCUCUUCCAUUAGGCAUAAAAUGACUUGUCAGUAUCAUUACGGGUGUUUCCACAGAUCACCGAAUCCAUUGUAGCUCACAAGUUGAUGAUGUCUGUCUGUUCAAAGUAUUUUAACAUAAAAUUAUCCUUCUGAGUACCGUUAAUCUAUACACCUAAUUCUAAAUCAAGUGUGCUUUUUAAGUGGAAGACGCUUUCAAACUUAUGAUUUCAUGUUGUUAAACUUUCCAUUUGCCAAAACUAUUUUAGUUAUGUGCUUUAAGUCAAUUAGUGACUGAAAAAGAGACGCGAGACUUUAGAAUUGCCCAUAUAACGAGAUUAGACCUCACAAGUGACUUUCCUUAAUUGAACUCUUGAUCACGCAUUUCCGAGAACAGACUUUUUAAACAUUCUACGUAAUUAUUCGGGACGCCUAAGAAGACAUUGCUAGUAAACUAUAAUGUAUCUUCCAUUAUAGACGUCAUAAGUUCUAGAUACUCUACAAAAUCGCCGAAAUUCAACUAAGUGCAUACGUUGCUCUUUCCCAUAACUGAUUAGUAACUAGUAGUGUUCCUUACUCCACAGGUGACGUUAAGCAGUAACCAGUGGCGUAAAUAGUUAAGUCAUACGUAUUGUUCUGUACACUAAAAACGUUCAAGCCCCCAAAUGCCCUGGCACGGCCGAGAGUGGGGAGAGUCCACUCUCCCUCUCGAAAUGCUCUCACACGGCCACGCGUAUAUAGCCUCUGCCAGGGAAGUCCUACUCACUGCCUUCUCGUGGCGGGGGGUUGUUUACGAAAAUGGGAGGACGAAAAGCGAAUGUCUGGCGCUUUAACCGGAUUCCAAACCAAUGGUGCACAUGGGCUCCAGUAUCCUGCGGGAACAAAUGGCGUAUGAACCUAUUGUUGGUCACCGGCUUCCAUGGGACUGCAUCUCCUUACGAUGCUCCACUGCCUUGUGGAUCAGACCUUCAGGUCGAAGGCUCGGGGAGUGGCCCCCUAAGAAAACCACCUGCUUCGGUUUGGGCACACGGGCAGUAUCACAGCCCUCACACAUAUCGAGUGAGAUUUGUGUGGCGCAUAUGUAUUUGGUGCCUCUUUGUACCACUAUCUAUGUGUUGAAAUAAAUAAAUAGAUAAUAAGUGAUACAUUCUCUCAUUCAUCAAGGGCUGUGUGACUACGUAACUGUUCAUUAUGAAGUAUGGUUGUCAUACGCUGCGUCAAUCCAGGGAGUGUAGUUUAAGUUGUCAAUAAGUGGACUAUGAAUUAAUGUACUUGAAAUCACCCUCAAAACAUCUACAUUGAGCGGAGUCAGUGGUCUUCGAAAUAAAUAUGACCCACAAUUCACAAAAACAAUAUGCUCUGUAUAGUUUCUUUGGGGAAAUCAUAUUGUCUGCCUCGAUCUCUAGGGCAAAUAAACAGUUGGUCUUUACCAGACCCAUGCCAACAUAGUUGCAAUAAUCAUUUACAAUUAGCAAACUACUUCGACAUAAGUACUUUUUCGACUUUUUCCUAGAUGAAUUUAUUUAAACCGCUGAUUAUAAAACCAAACGUCAGUGGUUUGAUCAACAGUUUGUGUAGUAAAAUGCGGUUACUCUCCAUCCCACCAUUAAUACCGUCGGAGAUACUAUACCAGCGUGAAAUAACACCUACUAAGACACCAGCUCAUCAUCAUAAUUCAGAAAUCGAAAAGCUGUUAAAAAGCGAACUAUGUGAUUACCCCGCAUAUUCCUCACGGAAAAUUCGUCAUGGGUUUCAGGAUGCUAUCAUGAUUCGUGAUUACAAGCGCAGACAAGUUUCUGCUCAUUUCUGUAACUUACGCAUCAGGCUAAACGCUAUCAGGAAAAACACGAUUUUACCCCAGGAAAUCAAGGAUUUAGCAACGUCAUAUAUUUCAUCAUUACCACGUGAUAGCAAUUGGACGCGCAUUUUAAGCAGAUGUAUCGUUACUUCGAGGAGACGAGGGUGUAAAACACGUUGGAGAGUUUCACGUAUUGUAUGGAGAAAAUAUGCAGACUAUAACAGAAUGUCUGGAGUACUUUGGGCUCGCUGGGGAUCAAAUACUCGAAGUGUACGGAGACAUAUGUUAUGGCCACCUCCUAGAGAAACCCCUGUCUCUGAAUAUAUACAUCGAUACUACAAAAAUUUGGCUGAUGUAUAG